AUGACGGACCAAAUCUUGGACAAGCUUCGACAGACGCCACUUUGCUAUCUGUUGACCGGAACGGUGCUCAUCGGUUUCGUAGUGGCCAAUGUCAAAUCCCUGCCGCUAGCCCACACGCUGCGACUGGUCCCCUCAGUAUAUAGACUAUUGAGUGCAAGAGUCGGGUCGAAACGCACUAAGCGCGCAUCUGCAGAUCCGCCAACGACGACGACGACGACGACAGCAACGUGCUAUGCCGCACUGCCCGCUCUGUUCAAGCACUACACGCUGGUGUCUCGCGCCAUCGCGCUCGAUCUAGACAUCAACAUGCACAAGUCUAACAGCACCUUUUUUACCGACGCCGACAUCAGCCGCGCCAAGCUUAUAACAAGUCUUCUGAGUCAAGCGUUGGCAAGCCUUGGAUCGCCCGCCUUCAUUUUGGCCGGGGUGCAAUGCAAGUUCCAGAGAGAGGUCCGCCCCUACCAACGCUACGCCGUGUCGUCCCGCAUCCUGGCCUGGAAUGCCAAGGCCAUGUACGUCGUCACGUACUUCAUCAAACCCGGCGCGAAGCUGGAGACGGAGCUAGACCUGAGAGGCGGACCUGGGGCGCUGGCCAGUGACAACGUGGUGCGCAAGACGCUCUUGGCUACGAUGGUGUCCAAAUACGUCUUCAAGGCGGGGAGGACAACCUUGGCUCCCGAGCACGUCUUUCGAGAAGCAGGUCUCCUCAUCGAGGCUGACGGCAAAGACGGCAUUGCGGUGGCUGACGGGCUGAUCGGCAGUGAAGACGUUGCGGCGAGCGUGCAGGCGGGCCUGGCGUACCUUGGGCAGUGUAUGGAGUAG